GUAAGAUGGUGGCGAUUAUCCCUAGUCCUUGACCUUCUUCCAGGUUCAAGUUCGCUUGCUAACUCUUCCAUUUCAACACACAUCAUGGCCGAGACUCGCACCCCACGUGCAAUACAUGAUGUCGCCGCCGAAUUCCAUGAAUGGCGAGUCGGAUCGGUUGAUUUCAUUUCCAGACUUGGAUCCGCGACGAGCCUAUUUAAAUCAUCCACAACUCAAAUUAGUUCCGACAUGCAUAAGCACGCGGUGGGUAUCAUACAGAAAGCUGCUCAGCUGGCCAGCAUUUUUCGAAUGUCGAAGGCAGACUUCCAUGUCUUCAUCACCCGAAUCAGUGCGCCGCUGGUCAACCCUCCAAGCUGCGGCUUUCCUUUCGACAACGAGACGAUGGAACACGUCAAAGAGGUCCCGCGAGUCAAUUCGAAAGACUCCACGCCAAGCGUCGACCGGGCCGUUCCCCCGGCAUCUUCAAGGCCAGCAACUCAGAGGGACAAAACUACGGCUCAGAGCGUGUCCUGAUCAGACUGCAGGCGCUCUGCAACCUUCACACCGUGCUAACACAAUUCUGCGGAUUUGUGGAACAGAAGGGGCUCCACCAGGGCGAAUGAGUACCGCGUCAGCUGAGAGGCUGAAAGAGCCGCUCAACAUGACAUGGGAGUUCUCUCCUGGGAACUGUGCGCAUACAUUGAUUUUGUUCUGAAGCGCCCAAAAAGAAAGGGACGUUGUCCACCCGGGUCUCACCUAAAAAUUGAACUAUCCAGAGGGAAGAUGGUUGAAGGGUUCCC